AUGUUGGCGCAAAUCAUAUUGCCCUACAGCAGGAUCGGUUUGGCAGGCGAGCCCAUAGCUCAGAAUACGCACUUGGGAUGGAUCCUCUCUGGACGUACUGAAGCGACAGACAAGGACCUGUGGUGCGAGUCCUUUUUCCAGAAGACUUUUGUGCGUCGAUCGGAUGGCCGCUACGAAGAGCGGUUACCCUUUAAAACCUAUCGAGAUCCGCCCAUUGUUCUGGGAAGAUCUCAUCAAAUGGCACUUAAUCGGUUCCUGCAGUUGGAAAGACGUAUGUCUAGCAGCCCAGAACGGCGGAGCAAAUAUGUGGAGGAGGUCAAGGAAUACUUCGCGCUCGAGCAAAUAGCGCAGGCGGUGGGCAGUGAAAGAAGUUUGGUAAGGAAUACUUUCAAGAAUAGGCACGUGGCAUGCUGUGUGCUCCCGCAACACGCCGUCUUUAGGAAGGAAUCUCAAUCGACCAAACAGCGAAUCGUCUUCGAUGCCUCCUCAGGGACUAGCAACGGACGAUCUUUAAACGACAUUCUUUGGACUGGACCGAGCCUGCAGAACGACAUGUCGGCAGUCACACUCAAUUGGCGGAAAUAUCGUUUUGUUUUCACGGCGGAUAUAGGGAAAAUAUAUCGCUGUAUCGCCGUGCACCCGUAA